GGGACCCCGGCUCCCUCGCCCAGUCCCAGCCUUGCGCCCACUCCGCUGGGAGUUCUCUCCGAGGCGCCCGCGCUGGCUUCGGGGCCCCCGGCAGCGCUUUGUCGCCUCCACUCCGAGGUCUCCCGGUCCCCGGGUUUGGCCCGGCGCGUCCCCAGCACAGCCCCCGGAAGUGCGCCCCGGCGGCCCCGGCGAAGAUCUGAGACGCCAACUAGGACCAACCAAGUUUCAGACUUAUUACUGCUUGGCACCAGGAGCAUCAGGGAUGAACUCUUACCAGCUGCUUCUCGGUUCGUGACAGCACAUCUCUCCAGGAGGAAGAGAAGGCACCCGGAUCCAGCAGCAGCACCCACUGAAAGCCUCCUCUGGGGACGGCUGGGAGGCUGCCCUGCAGCCUCAGCGCAUGGAGAUGGCUUUACUCAGCAACAUCCUAGCGGCCUACUUCUUUGUCGCAGAAAAUCCUGAACGGGCAGCCCUGUAUUUUGUCUCUGGCGUGUGCGUUGGACUGGUCCUCACCCUGGUUGCCUUGGUGAUGAGAAUCUCUUGCUACACCGACUGCCGGCGGCGGCGCCCUCCCCGGAGGACCUUCUUGCAGGACAGAGAGAGCAGCAGUGGGAGCAGUGACAGUGAGGAUGGCGGCUCGGACACUGCGUCUGACCUCUCGGUCCGGAGACACCGCCGCUUCGAGAGGACUUUGAACAAGAACGUCUUCACGUCGGCGGAGGAGCUAGAGCGGGCCCAGCGGCUGGAGGAGCGGGAACGCAUCAUCAGGGAGAUCUGGAUGAAUGGCCAGCCUGAGGUGCCUGGCACCCGGAGCCUGAACUGCUACUACUAGGGGGUGGGGCAUGAGUGCAGCUUCCCCCGCUGAGCUGCUCGGUGCCACCAAGGAGAGACAGGGUCUGCGCAGGCGUGGGCACAGCAGACUAAAACCCAGUUCUGUUGAUAGACCCAAGCGGAUGGGAGAAGAUGGAAUGCCUGCCUUUUUUUUUUAUUAUGGUAACAGAAAAAAGCAGGACAACUCAGUUUCUAACCAGGAAGGCUGGUGUCUGCUCCUUUUGGACUGACUGUAUAGAGGAGACAACCAAGUCAGUUCAUCCACCUUUCCAGAUCUCGGGAUGGUGCUAGCUCACUGUCCCCGGCAAUGUGGGUGGAGAUUAGAGAAAUGGGACUGUGGUUUCUCUGGAUUUCUCAGGCUCCAGAAGUUUUACCAAUGUCAUUAUGUCUUAUUCCUUUGCAAAAGGAAAGAUUGUUACAGCAUGAGGGUGCGGGAUAGCAGAGUGAACUUAACCCAGGAAAUGAAAUUUUCUAAAGACUCCAUGUUUUGGAGAUAAUUUUGAUCUAGAUCACAUGAUCCAUGCUUAUUAUUUAUAGCUAAUUUUUUAAUCUUCUGUUGCAAUGGCAACCUUGUCCAUUUUAACUGGCACCUCAGGGAUUAAAAUCCAUUUUUUUAGUAUAUUUCCCAUCUCGUUCAUGAACAUGAAUUGAAUUAUAGUAUUUUGGGAGUUGUGUCAGUGAACUAUAAAAUGCUAAUAAACCUUAAAGGAUGAAGGGUUUUAUUUUAAAUAGUUUAUGAAGAUAUAUUAAUAUGUGUAUUUGAGAAUGCUGCAUAAGAAUAAAUCUGUGGUUUUUUCCACCCCCACUUCUGGAGAGAUGUUUUGCUAUAAUUCCAGGUAAACAUGAUUUUAAACAUUUUGUGUAAAAACACAAAUAACUUUGGAUUUCUAGGAAAAAAGGGAACAGUAAUGGGAAAAGGUGAGAAUAAAGCCCAAUUUGGGGAAGCUAAAAAAUAAAUAUUACACAAAUUCUC